AUGGCUCUCUCGGACGAGGUUGUUGGCCUACGCCCCCGCGCCUCCUCUGUGCCACCAGAGAGUUCGCGGGGUUUGUUCAUCAGACAUGAACCGAACAGGACCGGUUAUAUCUAUGAUACUCGGAUGAUGGCGCAUAAUGAUGGGAUGACCGAGGAGCAAGAAGAUCGUCAUCCCGAAGGUCCAAGACGCAUAUCUGUGAUUUUCAACGCUCUGGAGAAGAAAGGGAUCAUCCAACGCAUGCGUCGCCUUCAGAUCCGCGAGGCUACACGUGACGAAAUAUUGUUCGUGCACCCUCCCUCUCUGCUUGCCAAAAUGGACCAGAUGGAAGCCAUGCUUAUAGGAGAAGGCAAGGAUGCGGCCCUGGCAGGUACCCAAGGAUACUACGAGACUUUGUCACUCUAUGUUCAUCCUUCAACCGCCUACUGCGCUCGUCUCAGCUGUGGUGGUGUCAUAGAGUCAACAAUGGCUGUCGCCCAGGGCACUGUUCGGAACUCCUUUGCCAUCGUCAGGCCACCUGGGCAUCAUGCGGAACCGGAAGAACACAUGGGAUUUUGCUUCUAUAACAAUGUGGCUGUGGCUGUUCGAGUUGUUCAAAGUCGCACUUCGAUUCGAAAAGUCCUCAUUCUUGAUUGGGACGUUCAUCACGGUAAUGGUACUCAGGCCGCGUUCUACGACGAUCCAGAUGUUUUGUACAUAUCAAUUCAUCGAUACGAGGGUGGAAAUUUCUACCCCGGUGGAACAGGCGGUGGUGUAGACAAAUGCGGUAGUGGCGCAGGAAAGGGAAGAAACGUGAACAUCCCGUGGCCAUCUGGUGGGAGGACAGAUGGAGAUUACAUACAUGCCUUUCAGAAGAUUGUCAUACCCAUCGCAUACGAAUUUGGUCCUGAGCUCGUCAUCAUUUCUGCUGGCUUUGAUGCUGCUGAAGGAGACCAACUUGGCGGGUGCUUUGUCUCGCCUGCUUGUUACGCGCACAUGACGCAUAUGCUGUCGGCCUUGGCCGGCGGCAAGUUAGUCGUAGCGCUGGAGGGAGGUUAUAGUCUCAAAGCUUUAUCUCAAUCGGCCCUUGCUGUUGGGGAGACGCUUGUUGGAGAUCAUCCCCCUGAAUUACCGCCAGUCGUCCCCAGCGAUGUGGGAACAGAAACGGUGUGGCAAGUCGCGUCCUAUCAGAGCCAGUACUGGAACAGCAUAAACCCUAAAGCAAUUGAGCCGAGACCUGUUGACCUGGACACCUUCAGUGUAUCCCAGCUCCUACGAGCGCACCGGGAGAUGGAUCUGGCGUCGCAGUAUAAUAUGCUUCGCGUCCCUCUGGCCCAUCCAGACCUGCGAGCUAGGUUUGAUCAUCAAGUCCUUGCGACACCCUACCUUCUCGAUCCUAACACGGAGACGAUUGUUCUCUUUGUUCAUGAUUUCGGCAACCUGCGUGUUGAACUUCAAAGUCCGCUGAGAGUCGAUGUCAGAAUGGAGCACUCAUACUUGAUCGAUUCUAGCCGACGGGUAGUGGAGUGGGCAAAUGAACGGCGAUACGGACUGAUCGACAUCAAUAUCCUAAUGCAUCACAUUGUGGAAGCCGAAGAAGUUAUAAACCCGAUCGUGACACCUCAAGACGAAAAAAGACUUUUGCGAACGCUUGUUGUUUAUUUGUGGGACAACUACAUGGACCUGUCUGCUGCCAAAAACUUCAUUAUCAUCGGGCACGGCUCGGCAUGCCAAUCUGUCAUUGGCCUCCUGAAUGAUCGAAAGCCUUAUCUUGACAAGCGGACGAAAGCUGUUGUACAAAUAAACGGAAUGAACACGAUUCCAACCGUACCCAAAGAUGAUGAUGACCUGCGCAGGUGGUAUUCGAAGAAAUCCAUUGUUGUCUUGCCUGCUCGGCAUCCACUAGCUCGCGAUCCCAGCAUGGCCCUCAAACGGCACGGGAGACUCUUGCCCUGUGGCGAGGAGAAGGCGAUUAAGGUGCUUGACUGGGCAGUUUCGCACGUGCUCAAGGCGAUUGUCGAUCCCAGAAUCAAUCCAAUCAGUUCACAAGAUAAUCAAUCUAAAUCUCACACGAACACUUCUGUAAUGAACGGGGAUGCAGAUAUCGAGAUGCUAUAA